UCCAUGUGCUAAUCAGCUGAUGGCUCUCAGCCGCUUCUAUUUAGCUGCUGGUCCAGGCUGAGAGCUCAGAGCUGCUGCUGCCUGCUCCGGACUCAGACAUGCCCCCCUUCACCAGGAGCCAGCCCCAGAAUAAAGCCUUCAAACAGAGGAAGAGCUUCGCGACACGGAAACAGGAGGUGGCAGGGAUCCGCUCCAAGUUCCCCAACAAGAUCCCGGUCAUCAUCGAGCGCUACGAUAAGGAGAAGUACCUCCCUCCUCUGGAUAAAACCAAGUUCCUGGUUCCUCACGAGCUCACCAUGACCCAGUUCGUCACCAUCAUCAGGAACCGGAUGGCUCUGCUGCCCACCCAGGCCUUCUACCUGCUCAUCAACAACAGCGGGCUGGCCAGCAUGUCUCUGACCAUGGCCCAGGUCUACAAAGACCACCAGGACGAGGACGGCUUCCUCUACAUGACCUACGCCUCUCAGGAGGUGUUUGGACGCUCGCUCUAACCGCUGACUGCUGUAGCUCUGCUGUAGCUAGCUGCAGCUGUGCUGUAGCACUGCUGUAGCUAGCUGUAGCUGUGCUGUAGCUGUGCUGUAGCUAGCUGUAGCUCUGCUGUAGCU